CGUGGCCGUUGAUAUCAUAUUUAUAUAUAACGCAUUCCAUCUUCCGAACUUCCAAACCCUAGGCUUGCUCUCUGAUACGCACAACUUCGGGAAGCUUAUUGGCCACCUCUUCUCUGCUUUCUUGAGACCUUCACUUCUCGUCUCUUAUCUGGUCUCUGAAGAUGUUUUCGGCACAGAACAAGAUCCGUAAGGAUAAGGAUGCUGAACCUACUGAAUUUGAGGAGUCAGUGGCACAGGCACUUUUUGAUUUGGAGAAUACUAAUCAGGAGCUGAAAAGUGAUCUCAAGGAUCUUUUCAUAAAUUCAGCGACUCAAGUCGAUAUCCCCAAAAACAAGAAGGCAGUUAUUAUCCAUGUCCCUUACAGAUUGAGGAAAGCCUACCGCAAGAUUCAUUCUAGGCUUGUGAGAGAGCUUGAGAAAAAGUUCAGUGGGAAGCAAGUAGUCCUGAUUGCCACCCGGAGGAUAGUGAGGCCUCCAAAGAAAGGUUCAGCUGUUCAACGACCACGCAGUCGUACACUAACUGCUGUGCACGAGGCAAUACUGGAGGAUGUUGUAAUGCCUGCUGAGAUUGUUGGGAAGCGUGUUAGAUAUCGAAUUGACGGGUCCAAGAUAAUGAAGGUUUUUCUGGAUGAGAAAGAGAAAAACAACACAGACAAUAGGCUGGGUACUUUCUCUGCAGUUUACAGGAAACUUACAGGCAAAGAUGUCAUGUUUGAGUUCCCCAAAAAAGAGGCGGCCUAGAUGUCCAUUGGCAAUACCAUCCCUUAGACAUGGGGUUUCUUUGAACUCUUGAAUGUGCACUUCAUAAAAUUUUGGCAUUGAUGAGUUUGUUUCUGAUAGUAGGAAACUCUUUAAAGAUGGAUUUCAUAUUUUUCGAUGUGAUCUAAUUUAUGUUGUAUGCUAUUUCUAGUCAAUACCCCCCUUUUUCUGGUUCAACUA